AUGGAAAAAAAUGAUAAUGAAGAAAAAAAUGAAAUAAGCCUACUUGAUAUUAAGAGAAAAGCUCAGAACGAUCAAGAGGCACAAAAUGAUAAUUCAAAACAAAAAAAAUUUAAAAUAUUAAAUUAUACAUCAAAAGAUAGUUCAAUUAAUAAACUUGAAACAGAAUUUAUAGUUUAUUUUUGUUUUUUAUGUGGAAAUAAUUGUUUAAUAAGUGAAAUAAAUAUAAAUAAAUUGCCUAUAAGAAAAGUCGACAAUUCUAUAAUUUUCCCAACACUCAAAUUUAUUAAUAAAAAAUUUCAUAAAACACAAAAUAAAAAAAUACUAAUUAAAAGGCAAAAUGGAAUAGAAAUACAAUAUCGAAUAUUAUGUAACGAAUGUGAAGCCCCCAUAGGAUAUACUACAAGCUUAAAUAAUGAUGAACAAUAUCUUUAUUAUUAUGAUUAUUCUUUAGUAACAGAUCCAAUGAAAAGCAAACUCUUUUUAGAUUUAUAA